AGAUUGCAAGGUAGGGCAAACGCAAGAGGCGAUUUGGGGUGGGGGAAUGCUGGGCUUUAACCCCAAUGCAAGCGUUGACCACGCCCCUCCAGGAGAGCCCGCCCAGGUACCCACGGCCCUCUCUGCCCCAGCCCUUCCUCUCCCCAUUUCACUUCUGCAAGCAACUCUCCCUCUAGCUUCCCGCCCCCUUCCCCCUCUCGGACUGGGGAAAGGUACAAAAGGUGGAGCACGCCACCCCCACUCUACUCUGCGCUGCGCUCCAGGGCUGUUUGCUUGCAGCUCCCAGGUGGUCACGCUCCCUGCUCCGAGGCACGUGAAGAACGGAAAAGAGCUUGUCUCCUACCCCGCCCUGGGCUCUCCUGAGGCCACUCGAGACGGUCCCGAUAUGACUGCUUCGCCCCCUGAACGGUUCUCGGUUUGGGGGAAGACAUUGACUCUAUUUGCCGCCGUGUCCUCACUCCCCAAAUAGGUCUGUCCUGUUGGGGUGGGAGGGGGGAGUAGUGAUUAAGUCCGAGCCUGACACUGUCACUCCAGUUGUAGCCAGAGGGUGAGACCUGGGAUCUAACAUCUCCUGCUUCUUCCCUUUUCUUUCCAACCACUUUCCCUCACUUCCCCUGCUGGAAACAGCCUUCACCUUGGUGCAGUUCGCUGUCCUCUGUGGGUGGCUGGUUCUCAGUGACCACUUUUGUUCCAGCUGGUUCCAGUGCUGGAUGGAGGGAGCCUUUCUCUGCCCUCUGUGACCUUUCCAAUUUUAAAUAAUGCCUCAUAUCUUUGCUCCUCCGGAACCUCCUGGAGCCCCCAGGCCCCAUAAGAAGACAGCUUGAAUCUAGAAUCUCCACCCCUUCCCCCAUUCCAUCUCAGGAUGUUGCGAAGGCUGCUGGAGCGGCCCUGCACUCUGGCCCUGCUGGUGGGCUCCCAACUGGCUGUCAUGAUGUAUCUGUCGCUGGGGGGCUUCCGAAGCCUCAGUGCUCUAUUUGGCCGAGAGCAGGGGCCUACCUUUGACUAUUCUCACCCCCAUGAUGUCUACAGUAACCUCAGUCACUUGCCUGGGGUCCCUGUUGCCCCAGGGGGCCCUCCAGCUCCUCAGGGUCUGCCCUACUGUCCAGAACGAUCCCCUCUCUUAGUGGGUCCUGUGAUGGUGUCCUUUAGCCCAGUGCCUUCGCUGGCAGAGAUUGUGGAGAGGAAUCCCCGGGUGGAACCAGGGGGCCGGUACCACCCGGCAGGGUGUGAGCCCCGCUCUCGAACAGCCAUCAUUGUGCCCCACCGUGCCCGGGAGCACCACCUGCGCCUGCUGCUCUACCACCUGCACCCCUUCCUGCAGCGCCAGCAGCUUGCGUAUGGCAUCUAUGUUAUCCACCAGGCUGGAAAUGGAACAUUUAACAGGGCAAAGCUGCUGAAUGUUGGAGUGCGGGAGGCCCUGCGUGAUGAGGAGUGGGACUGCCUCUUCCUGCAUGAUGUGGACCUGCUGCCAGAGAAUGACCACAAUCUGUAUGUGUGUGAUCCGCGGGGGCCCCGGCACGUCGCUGUCGCCAUGAACAAGUUUGGAUACAGCCUCCCGUACCCCCAGUACUUUGGGGGAGUCUCAGCACUCACUCCUGACCAGUACCUGAAGAUGAACGGUUUCCCCAACGAAUACUGGGGCUGGGGCGGUGAGGAUGAUGACAUUGCUACCAGGGUACGCCUGGCUGGGAUGAAGAUCUCUCGUCCUCCCACAUCUGUGGGACACUAUAAGAUGGUAAAGCAUCGAGGAGAUAAAGGCAACGAGGAAAAUCCCCACAGUCACUCUGAGGCCAGGAGGGCUCCCAUCCUGCUCAGGGAAAGCAACUGAGUCAUACACGAUUCCCAGGACGGCUGGGUCUUCUGAGGAUGGCACCAAAUGUCCAAAUCCCUGGAGAGAAGAGAUUUGGGUCAGCAGGGAAGAGCUUCAGCUGAGCCCAUGUCUCCUUCUUACCUUCUUCCUCACACCUGAACAGGCAGACGAGCUCCUCGGUACUGCAGAUUCACCACAGCAACAGACACAGCAGUGAUGGUCUUCAGGGCAUGAGCCAGAGGUGCAGCCUCAGCAGGGAGCAGCUCACUGAGCACUGGAGGAGAUUAGGCACAGGCCUGGUUCAGGGAGGCAUGCACAUGACAAGUUCAUCAACCCUCUAGGAUUAAAAUUCAUAGGGAUGACCAGUUCAGGGGUAAGGUGUGCUCCUGGCCCAGGAAGGUACAGCUAUUGCCUCACCCAGGAUGGGAAGGGGAAGGGGUUACUUCAUUUACCUGAAGCAGGAACAGCACUUAUAACAUGGUCAGCCUCCAGGCUGCUGUCUCCUAGAGACACCUGAGAGGAUGGAAAUAUUUGAGGGACACAGAAAUAGGAAUUUUAUGGGUGAAGCAAGACUUUUGCUGCCUCACCUUCAACUUCCAGGCAUUCAAAUAGAAGGGGUGGCAGGAGAGACUGAGUGCUAACUUGUGAUGAAGUGAUUGAGUGACUGUAUUGUCUGCACAAAAAUCACUCCCCUGCAUACACCAGGAGGUGGGCCAGGCAGAGGCCAGUAUGUGUGGCCACUCUGAAAUGUUUAGUGGAGCAGAGUUGUUGCUUCCCCUAUUCCUGAGCCAUUUAUAAGCACUACUUCUAUUCAUAAAAUUAAGGAAGGUCCACAAAUUAGGCUUAGGUACCUGAAGUGGCUAAUAUUUGUGUAACUCCAGUCCUGUCUGCCCUGGUUAAACCACUUAAGCAAAAAUGGAAA